GUGGAGGCAGGAGGGCGAGUGAGUGGAGUGAGUGGAGUGAGUGAGUAGGGGAACCCCUGGCGCGGAGCGACCUGCGGGCGCCCGGAGCGGGUGGCUCUGGGCGCCUUCAUCUCCACCCGCCAGGUCUUCAGCAUGUGGUGACUCUCGUCUGGCCCAACAGCCAUGGACCCCAGCAGCCUCUCUCCAGUGCAGCUAUGGUGCCCAAGGCCCUUUGGUACCUAUUCUCAGAAUCAGCCCCGCUCUGCCGCCCCCUCCACCCGCAAGCCCCCACCUCCCCCUGCCUGCCCUGAGCCCGGGAGUGGUAGCAGCAUCGGCACUGGCGAUGGGCUGGCCCGAUCAGAGAACACGCCUCCAGCCCCUGCAGGCCCUGCAGCUCCCCUGCUUUCCACUGCCCCUGGUGAAGAGGGCCGGGUCCUGCUGGAUACCUGGUACGUCAUCAAGCCGGGCAACACCAAGGAGAAGGUGGCCUUUUUUGUGGCCCACCAGUGCGGUGGUGGUGCCAGCCGGGCCAGUGCGGGGAAGGUCAAGGGCCACUGGGGCAGUGACAGUUCGAAGGCCAAGCGGAGGCGCCGCUGCCUUGACUCUACCAAGCCCCGCCCCAGCCCCGGGAAGCCCCCUGAUGUCGGGGGAGAGGAGGACCAGCAGCUGUCCGCUCCUGGCGAGACGGCUGCCGGUGCCCCCGAGGACGUGGACCUGCUCUCCGUGGCCGAGAUGGUGGCCCUGGUGGAGCAGAGGGCUGCUCUGGCCCUGCAGAGCUAUCCCCGCUCGGGGCCCCCAACUCCCGUUGUGUUCGUGUCAGCCGCCGAGCAGGGCGCCCAGGGCCCGGGUGGGGAGCGAAGGCCGGGCAGCGACUGCAGCCGCGUAGCCGAGGCCGUGGCCCACUUUGAGGCCCGGCGUGAUGGGCCCCGCAAGGAGGAGAUGCGCACAGGGGACGGGGGACGCGGUGGAGGGCCUGGCGAGGUGCGCAUUGCCUUUCGAAUCUCCAGCGGCAGGGAGCCCCGCUCUCCGGAAGGCAGCCAGCCGGGCGCCGGCUGCAGCAGCCGGCCAGGAUGCACCUACGCUGGAGGGCCGGGCCCCAGCAGCCGGGCCCAGGACAAGAUCACCUGUGACUUGUACCAGCUCAUCAGCCCCUCCAGGGACGCCCUGCCCAGCAACGUGGACUUCCUGCUGGCCCGGGCAGAGGAGGCUGGCGAUGGGGAGGCCGCAGGAGCUGCCCACCCCGAGGGGCCUCCGGAAAGAGCUGUGGGGGAUAAGCCCCCGGCCCCGCCCCCGCCCCCCACGGGGGCCCGAGAGUGCGGGGGAGCUGGCGCCGCGGGCUUCCACGUGGACGUGGUGGUGACCGGUGUGGUGGAUGAGUGUGUCUUCUUCGGCAAGGACGGUGCAAAGACCGUGAAGGAGGAGACGGUGUGCCUGACAGUCAGCCCCGAGGAGCCGCCGCCCCCGGGCCAGCUCUUCCUGCUGCCAGCCCGAGGGGAGCCCACGCCCGAGGCUCCGGCCGCCCCCGAGGCGCCAGCCACCCCCACACCGGAGGGCAGCGAUCCUGAGGCGGCAGGCACGGCCUCCGAUGCCUCCCUGUGCCGCCUCUACCACCACGUGUCCCACGACUUCCUGGAGAUCCGCUUCAAGAUCCAGCGCCUGCUGGAGCCCCGCCAGUACAUGCUGCUGCUGCCGGACCACGUCCUGGUGAAGAUCUUCGGCUACCUGCCCACCCGCGCCCUGGCCGCCCUCAAGUGCACGUGCCACUACUUCAAGUGCGUCAUCGAGACGUUCGGCGUCCAGGCCACGGACUCCCGCUGGAGCCGCCACCCGCUGUACCGAGACGACCCCUGCAAGCAAUGCCGCAAGUGCUACGAGAAGGGGGACGUGUCGCUGUGCCGCUGGCACCCCAAGCCCUACCACCACGACCUGCCCUACGGCCGCUCCUACUGGAUGUGCUGCCGCCGGCCCGACAAGGACACGCCGGGCUGCCGGCUGGGCCUGCAUGACAACAACUGGGUGCUCCCCUGCCACACGCUGGCGGCCUCCCGACCCGGCCGCGAGGACGCCAGGUGAAGGGGGGGGAGGGGGAGGGAGGGCCCGCCCCCCCCCCCCCCCCCCCCC